UCCCCUUUCCCUUUGCCCACUUUCCUUUCUGCUCUGUUUCUUCCCUUUUGCCCUUUUGUGCAUUAUUACAAACCCAAAUUUCUGCAGCAAUUAAUUAAUGUCGAAGUUUUUAAGGAUUUAGGAAUCUUGCUGUGUCCAUUUUCGAAGUAAUUCGAGCUCAGCUUUAGUGGCAAUUUUGCUCUGUUUUGGAUAAUGGAUAAAGAUUGCUUUAAUGGCGACGGAAUUCCGUUGCUAGAAUUUCAGACUGCAAUGGCAGGUUGGAAUGGACUAAAUUGCCCCUCCGAUUUGUCCUUCUUUACGCCCAGUUCACAUUUCGACGCCUCCUUUACCUCAAUUGCCCCUCCGCCGCCGCCGCCGUUCAUCGGAAAAUUGGGCGCCGCCGAGAACGGCGGCGGCGAGUCCAAUUUCACGGCGGGUUUGAUAAACCCUAGUCUGGGAAAUUCAGCGCCGCCGGUCCUUCCGCCGCCGCCGCCGCCGAUUCCGGCGGAUCCGGGGUUUAUUGAGAGGGCGGCGAAAUUCUCCUGCUUCGGCAGCCGGAGUUUUAACGGCAGAGCGUCGCCGAUCCGGAAUUCCCGGUCGCCGGCGGCGCCAUUAAUGCACGAUUCGAAGCUUCCUCGAGUUUCGAGCAGCCCCGCGCUGAAGCCCACCGGAUCGCCGCCGCUGAUCGACGGCGCCACCGUGUCCGUCUCCGACAAGAAAUUGGCGGCGUCCGGCGCCGACUCCAACGAGGAAUCCUCCGUCUCCGAACAGCAAAUCGAAACACUUUCAAAGAAUCCAAAUCAAAAUCAGAUCGCGAAUUCUCGCAAAAGGAAAUCCCCCCUCAAGAGCGGCGCCGACGAAAUUGGCGCCGGAAAACGGUCGAAGCCGACGCCAACAUUGUCGAACAACGACGAUAACAAAAUUAACUCAAAAAAGACGACAGCGGCGACAGCUGAGCCUCCAAAGGAUUACAUUCAUGUCCGAGCAAGACGAGGCCAGGCAACUGACAGCCACAGCCUCGCCGAAAGGGUCAGGCGAGAGAAGAUCAGCGAGCGGAUGAAGCUUCUGCAGGAUCUCGUCCCGGGUUGCAAUAAGGUUACUGGGAAAGCAUUGAUGCUGGAUGAAAUCAUAAAUUAUGUUCAGUCAUUACAGCGCCAGGUUGAGUUUUUGUCGAUGAAAUUGGCAUCAGUGAAUCCAAGCCUCGAUUUCAACAUGGAAUCUCUUAUCUGCAAGGAUAUGUUUCAGCAGCAAUUGUACACAUCGGCGGCGGCGGAGGUACCACACUACCAGCAAAACGUACAACCGCAAAUGCACGACGCCGCAAGGGGUCCUCCCGACGCUUCUCUUCCGUCAAGACUCAAUUUUUCUCCACUUCAUGAUCAUAACAGUCAAUUUACUGAAAAUUUCCCUCAGUUCCCUGGUGGAUUAUUGAGUGAAGACGAUUUGCAAAGCAUUGUGCAGAUGGGGUUUCUUCAGAACCCUCUUCCCAAUUUCACUGCUGUUCCAAAUAUGAAAGUUGAAAGGUGAUUUUGUUGGCUGAUAUCAAAGGAAGAGAUUUAUAUUAUAUAUAUAUAUAUAUAAUAAAUUUAUAUAUAUGUCAUUCUUCUGUAUAUAUAAAUAUAUAAAUUAUUGUAAUAUUAUUAUUAUAUAUAUAUAUAUAUAUUUUUUUUUUUUAAAGUGAGAGUUUUUUAGUUCACCUGCAGCAGCCAAGCUGGAUGAAGAAUUAUUCUAAUUCCCCAACUCACAAUUAGUUGCAAGAAUCAAGAUUAUGAUUAUUACUAUUAUUUUGGUUUUUUAUUUUAUUUAAAUUUUUGGAGGACUUUUUUUUUUUUUUUUCCUUGUAAUAUU